AUGUUUGCUAAAGUUAAACCGCGCACCCCUCUGGGUAACAACCAAGCUCAAUUUAAGAGCCAACUGACCAACAACGUCUCGCAAUUGAAUCGCAGUUUUCCAACGGCCGCUGAACUUUUGCGCAAAAAUAGCACCCAAUUGCGGCAAACAAAACUAACUGUCUGUCGUAAGGAUAAUAAGCUAAUAUACGAUGGAUUCGUGGAGGAAGCUGUGAAAGUUCAGCCCAAAAAGGAGAACGUUCCAUCACCGAUUAUUCUGGAAAAAUCCAGUUGCGAAAUGUCAGCCAAAAAGGAAUCAGCGGAGUUGCCAAGCUCCCCGAUGUUGAAGCCAGGACGAAACUUAAUUAGUUUAAUUGGUCGCGUGGAUUUCUGCCUUAAAACUCAAAAAAUGUAUCCGGAAAUUAAUGCUAUUUGGAAUGUUUACGGAAAAUUGCUACGGAUCAUUGUGGGAAAACGUGGAGAACACACCUUGCUCGUGCGAAACAAAGAAUCGGGGCCCGUCCUUCAGGGAAUUUACUACGAUUUCGAAGGCGUUAUGAGUACUUGGAGCCCAGGCUGCUUUGUCCAUCUCGUGGGCCAGUUUAUUGGCGAAAAUCGCUUGAAAACAUUUAAGAUUGACCAGGUAAGCGACAUUGACUGGCAACAGCAAUUUCUGCGCAUUGAAAAUGUUACCUCGUAUAUUUUAUUGCAAAACACUAUGCAAAAGUAAUUUAUUUUUUAAGGAUACAGUUUUCUUGAGAUUUUUAGGCCAGGCGAUAGUGUACUUUUCACAAGGUAUAAAUAUGCUAGCCUAAGCUUUUCGAUCCUGGCCUCCAAUCAACAGUGAAAUGUUUCAUUUUGUACUUUUGUAGUUUACAAAUCAUGAAUAAUUUAUAGAGUUAGUAACUUAUAAUUAAUAUACCUAGGAAAUAAGUUAGCUUCAAAAUGCCCCCUGACGAUUCUCUCCAGGAGCAUUGCACAGUUUCAAGGACUACAACAAAUACAAAUUCCGAAGUGGGCGUAUAAAGUCUAAUACUG